AUGAGUGUAAAUCUGAGUGAAUUACAGAAUGAGAUCGACCAAAAUCGGAAGGAGCGGCUUGACAAAAAAUUUGGAAAAUUCGAUCUUCCCAACGACAACUUUAAACACAAAGAACUAGAAAAAGAUGAUUACGAUCUUGAAAAAGGUGCGGAACCUACACUUGACAACGACAAAAUUGAGAGAGAAAGGGUCCAAAACGAAGAGGAGAUUAGUUCUGAAGCAGACGAAGAAGGUUUGGAUCCAUUCAAUCUAGAAAAUGAGAGGGAUGAAGGUGAUUUUGAUGUGGAUGGAAAUUACACUAAAAGUCAACGGAAAAGUGAUGAUGAGCGAGAUGAUUGGGUAGACAAGCUUGACAGAAUGAACCCACAAGAUUCCAAAAAAAUUCUCAGAGCAAAACAAAAGGAACUUGAAACCAUCAAAAAAGAGGAGCAACGUUGUGACACCAUCUCCACCAACAAACGCUCAUUUUACACACUCAUCUAUAAUACCCUUCUCCCCAAAGAGACUCCAAAGACUGCUCUCUGUCGUCUCAAGAAAGAAAAGAAGAUAUCAGAUCUUAACGCUUUGAUGGAUGCCUGUUGUAAUUUGGUCGAUAUCGGCGAUUUCACGAUAUACCAAAAGACUAAAGAGAGUUUAUCAAGUAAUUUAUAA